UCAUCCUUCUUUGACACCUCGCACGUUGCAGAAUUUUUGUUUUUCUCUGAAAAAAAUCUUUAAAAAUGACUGCACGGAGCAAGAAACAACGCCAGAGAAAUCUCUCGAUCAAGCGCGAGAAGCAAAAGGUCAAGGAUUUGGCGAAACUCAGGAAAUUAGUUGGUCUCCCGGAGGCUAUGGAUGAAGAUCACGUUCAAGUUGUCGAUGCCGAGAAACUCGCCAAGAAGCAACAAAAACGUGAAGAAGCAAUUAUUGAAGAAGAAUUCAUCGCGGAAAAGACAAAACAAAUCAUCGGAAAGAAAGUGAAGGUUGUUAAUGAAAACACGAAAAAGGAACAUGUUUACGACACAAGGACCAUGAAAGAUCAGUAUGGCAUGUACCCCGUUUGGUAUCGCGCCAACAAAAUUAAGAGGAAGAUAAACAAACGAAAAGUUGGUCAUUCAUCGAAUUUCUGGACAGCAAAUUUUGUUCCAUCAUAAGACUGGAUUUGUUUUUAAACGUUGAAUUCUUCUUUAUUUUUGAUCUUUUUUCCAUAAAUAUAUAAAACUAAUUUCUAAAAAAAAUGU